AUGUGGAUGUGGAUACAAAUUGCUUGUGGCUCCGAUGACGAAGGAAUCCAGUGCUUUAUGCCGGAUGACAUCGUUGCGGAGGCCGAGCGCUGUCGCUCUUUGAUCUGUUAUUAUUGCCACGAACCGGGAGCGAAUAUUGGAUGCUGCCAUCCGGCAUGCCGACGCACCUUUCACACCAAGUGCGGGUACGACAACAUGACCCAGAGCGAGUUUCGCGGAACCUUCAAAUCAUACUGGACGCGGCGUCGUUCGACGCGUCGGCAUGCCGGAUGGCAGCAUCCGGCUGGGAGCGAGGAACGGUUUAAUUUGAGCACCAUGCUCCACCCACCCUGCUGUCGCAAUGGAUGGUACCACCGACACUGCCUUCAGUCGUACGCAAACUCAGCCGGAUACUUUUUCAAAUGCCCGUUGUGCAACAAUAACACUGUAUUUAAUGACGUAGCUCUGCGCGGGAUCUCAGUGCCAAAUAGUGACGCUUCCUGGGAAUCUGAUCCGAAUGCUUAUGUGGAGCAGACUCAAAGGGAUCAGAUGUGCACCGCCGAUCGCUGCAUAUGUGGAACUCGAUACGUAUUUGCUGAAAGUUUGAUGUACUGCAUCCUAUGCGGGGCGAAUCCUGCGCACCCCUUUUGCAGCAGCCAGGACGAGAACACCUAUACAUGCAAGGUUUGUAGCCCAGUCUCCGAAGGUAUCCAGGUUGCAGACGACCCGGAGGAUCAGGUUGAGGAUCAGGAGAGCCAGGACGAACAGGACGGCCAUGACAAUGCUAGAGACGAGGACUAUGUCCCGGAGGCGGAAGAUGCGGAAGAUACAGAAGAAGAUGAAAAGAAACAGCCAAAUAAGCCAGAGGCCAUGGAAGAAUCUGACUCUGAUGAUGACAGGAUCAUGUUAUUGGCGUAUUCGAUUUCUGUGGGCCGCCGCCAUGUUCGCCGCUCCAAUUCUCCGAGUACUUCCCAGACGCCCAGCUAUAAUUUGCGCUCCCUGAGCAACCAGGAGAACGCCCCUCCAACGGCGGCUCUCCGCCGCUCGCAGAGAAGGUCGCUCACAGUCUUUCUUCCGGGGGCAACUGAGUUAGCCCCUUCUGAUGAGGAGAAUAAGGAGGAUAAGCCGUCUGGACCGCCAGCCCCAGAGGACCCCUUGGCUACACCACGUCGAUUUUUGCGUUCCCUCUCGCCAGUGGCGGGUGCCACUCGCUCCUCGGCCCGUAUUCAGAAUCGCCGUCAGCCGCUGCUCACACAAGCAGACUCGACCGACGCCGCGUCCAGUAUGAUUUGA